CGACGUCAACUGAUGUUGAGCGGGUCGCGAAUUGGAAUCUCUUCUCUUUAUUUUGCUUUCGCUUAUUCGUCCUCUUCCUCUAAGUGCGGCGGCGGGAAAAGCAGACUCUCCAAGACUGGCGCCGCGGCGGAGAGGGUGAAGCGCUCGGAAAAGGUGGAAUCGCGGCACCAGAUAGAGAAUCUCAAGGGAGGGAUGGCGGAUUCCAGCUGCGGCGGCAGGCCUCUGGGUGAUUCAAUUAAAAGCCAUGGCGUCCGUGACUUCAGCGGGAACGUAGGGGCGGCCGUUGAAAGCUGAGGCGAGGGCGGAGAGUCGAGAGAACCGAGCUCAGGACUACAAGACGUUGCCUCGAUAAACCCUUUGUUUGCCA